AUGAGUCUGACAGAAACUUCAAAAGACCCAGCCAAUCUUACCAAACAGGCCGAGGGGAAAACCAAGCAGAUUUUUGCGAUCAAGGGUUUUCAUGUCAGUUUGAAUGAAAAUGCGUUUUUUUCCUGAAAAUAAUUUGCUAUUCAGAAUAUUCAUACAAGUUUUACAGGAUCACGUGGUAAUUCGUUCAAAGAACGAUUUGACGGCUUUUAAUGCCGCCAGGAAAGAUGAACUCGAAGGAAAAUCAAAAAUUGCCAAUUCUACCACUUGUAACGUUUUCUCCUACCUCCAGGCAAUUGGUUGGUUAUUAUUUUUGAAAUUUGUUUUUAAAAUUUCUUGUUGUGAGCAUAACAUUUUUCACGAAUGUUUUUCGAUUGAAAUUUCAAUUCGAAACGCUUUUGCAUCAUUAGGAAAAGCCUACAAUUCGAGAAAAAUGAUAAAUUUUAAACUUAAAAAAUUUUAUAAGCUUUAAAACUUGAUCGAUCUGAUUCUAAUUCCUUAUCAAUUCAUCAAUAAUGGCUUGAUUGAUUUAAAAAAAGAGAAACUGUAUAAAUAAAUCCAUUUACUUUGAAAAAUUUCGUAAUAUUUCCUUCAUUUUCGAAACUUUCAACAUAAAUUUUUCCUAUUGUAAUCAAAUCUAUUAGAGGCCUCUUGUUCUUUCAAUUGCUAUAGUUUUUUUGAUUAAAAAAAUAAUUUUUUUACGAAUCUUUAAAAAUUUUUUUAUAGUUCCAUUCAAAACAUCCCAUUCAUUUUUUUUCCGUUUCAAGAAAAUUUGAAAGUUUUUCAGGUCUUCCAACCCAUUUCGAAACACUUUUAUCGGAUACCGAGUUCAUUGCCAAAAGAUGCACGAUGAUCCCGAUCGAAUGGGUCGCUAGAAGGUUAUUGAAAUCAGGAACGCCAGAGUGGUCCCUAUAGGGGCGCUUGGAAAAUUUUUCUGAGGGAAAAAUAACCAUGUAAGGGUUUCAGUUAGUGGUCGCUUUAGGGGAGUAUGCUAGUCGAUUCUUGUUUAAGAAGCAGGUUUUUCAUGCGAAAAAUCCAAUGAAUUGCCGUUUUUUUUUAAAUAUUAAAAGACCUCUGUAGGGAACACUUGAGCUUGGCUUAGAGGUCCACCUGAUGUUAACCCCUAUAGGGGUCACUUAAGCCUGGCUUAGGGGUCAGACCCUUACAGGGGCCACCUAAAUUUUACCCUUGUAGGGAUCACUUAAGCUUGGCUUAGUUGUCAGACCCUUAUAGGGGCCACCUAAAUUUUACCCUUGUAGGGAUCACUUAAGCUUGGCUUAGUUGUCAGACCCUUAUAGGGGCCACCUAAAUUUUAGCCCUGUAGGGGUCACUUAAGCCUUGCUUAGGGGUCAGACCCUAAUAGGGGCCACCUAAAUUUUACCCUUGUAGGGAUCACUUAAGCCUGGCUUAGGGGUCAGACCCUUACAGGGACCACCUAAAUUUUAGCCCUGUAGGGAACACUUAAGCUUGGUUAGGGGUCAGACCCUUAUAGGGGCCACCUAAACUUUACCCAUGUAGGGAUCACUUAAGCGCGGCUUAGUUGUCAGACCCUUAUAGGGGCCACCUAAACUUCAGCCCUGUAGGGAACACUUAAGCUUGGUUAGGGGUCAGACCCUUAUAGGGACCACCUGAACUUUACCCAUGUAGGGAUCACUUGAGCUCGACCGACUUUGGUGUCAGGCCCUUAUAGGGACCACCACCUGAUUUUUAUCCCUAUAGGGGUCACUUGAGCCUGGUUUAGGGAUCAGACCCUUAUAGGGGCCACCUAAACUUUACCCAUGUAGGGAUCACUUAAGCGCGGCUUAGUUGUCAGACCCUUAUAGGGACCACCUAAAUUUUCCUCUGUAGGGAUCACUUAAGCGCGGCUUAGUUGUCAGACCCUUAUAGGGACCACCUUAAUUUUAGCCCUGUAGGGAACACUUAAGCUUGGUUUAGGAGUCAAACCCUUAUAUACAUCACCUUAACUUUAGCACUGUAGGGAUCACUAAACUUCAACCCCCUAGAACCACUUAAGCUUGGCUUAAGGUUCAGACCUUUACAGAAACCAACUGAAUUUUUUUUUAGCCCUGUAGGGAUCACUUUUUGGUCCCCUAACCUCUAUAGGGAUCACUCUGGCGCUUCUAGGUCCCUUCUUAAAAUCAAUAAAAGUUUCCAGAGUGGCCACUGGAUCAUUUCUAAAAAGAAACCCGGGUGUCGCUGAAGGAUACAGGUUCAACGACGUGAAAAUUGAGACCUUUUUCAAGGUUUUGAUGGAAUUUAUGGGAAAAAUCAUCAAAAAAUAUAAUUUUGAGGACGAUGCCAAUAAUGACCCUCAAUGGACGGAUGAGCAAAUCAUCUCGGCGAAGAUGAAAUUUGCGGGGUUGAAAAUUGGACCGGCGGAGGUGAGGCGUGGUCGCAUUUGGAAUGGCCCGAAGCCUUUCAAAAUCGAUGUUCCGCCGUUUUGAGCCAUUCUCCAUGCGACCGACAAGCUCCGAAUUGAAAAAUAAAAUACAUUUUCAGAUUAAAUUGAUGAAAAAACUGACCAAGACCAUUUUCCGAGUCCUGGAAAAAGGAUGGGCUCUAUCAGAAUGUUCUUUGAUUGAUAUGAAGGUAGAAAAAAGAGGAUUAUCACUGAGAAAAGUUACUUUUAGGUAGAGUUCGGAGUGACUUCCGGAGGUCAGGUCGUGCUCGCUGACGUCAUCGACAACGAUUCCUGGAGAGUUUGGCCUCAUAAUGACAAGAGGCUCCAGCUUGACAAGCAGACUUAUCGUGACCUCAAGGAAGUGACCACUGAAGGGCUUGAGUUGGUCAUUAAGAACUAUGAGAAGGUGGGUUUUGAGGAUUUAUUACUGGAAUUUUUAGAGAUUUCAAACUUGACAGUGUGACUGUAGUCAAGAUUCCAGUAUCAUUAUGUUUAAAAAUGGUUUUUACGAAUAAAGUUCACAGAUUUAGGUAAUAUUUCCCCAGUAUUUUCUCAAGUCCUUGAGCUCUAAAUGAAAUUUUGUGAAAGUUUAUUCAACGCCAGAGUUGCCCCUAUAGUGGUUGAAAGUUGGCAGCGCGAAAGUGGUCCAUAUAAAGACUAGAGAAGAAAAAAGUUCUUAUGGGGGACAAAAAGAUUGCCCCUUAUAGAGGAAAAAUUGAGGUGGUCCCUAUAGGGCUUAAUAUUGCCCCUCGUGGAACGAAGUUUUCGUUUUCUUAAGGGUAUUUCCAAGCUCUAGUGACCUCUAUAGAGGGAGUUAAGCAAGUCUUUAGAGGGUUUAAGGUCUGAUCCUUGAGCCCCUGAAGCUUAAGUGGUCACUAUAGGGAUCUUUGAAAUUUUCGUAGUUGUUUGGAAAUUAUGUAGCGUUUAAAAAAGUUUACAAGUCUUACUUUAAAAAUGGGCAUCUGAAAUCAGAUUUGGAUCUUUUAAAUCUGUCUUGAAAAGCACUAAAGUCUUGUUGACGAAUUGGAAACGAGUUUUUUUUUCAGUUUUUAAAUUUUUCUCCAGAACCCUAACGAAAAGCCCUUUGGAUUUUUCGUAAAAUUACUUUCUAACUUUUUUUUUAUGCAGCUUUUAACCAGCGUCAGUCAUUCUAGGUGAUGAACCUAACCGCCAAAUUCACAAAGACACCUUCAACCCGAGUAGUUAUCUUCAUGGGCUCAGCGUCGGACGUGGCAUUUUGUCAGAAAAUAGCCACCGAGGCGAAGCGCCUUGGUGUUGAUGUGGUUCUUCGAGUCAGCUCCGCCCAUAAGGUUUCAUUUUCUGAAAGACUCAGAACAGGGGUUGAUUCAGACGACUUCUGAAACUCUGUCGAUGGUCUCGGAAUACGAAGACGGCGGCGUUCCAACGGUGGUCAUCGCCGUGGCGGGAAGGUCGAAUGGACUUGGACCGGUCAUCGCCGGACAUUCGACUCUUCCGGUUGGUCUGAGGGGGGCGGGGGGAACUUUGAUUUGGAAACUUUCUAAAGUAGUAUACUUAGAUACUUACUUACUUAAAUGUUCCAUCUUCGCUUUCGACCUUUUAUUGCCUUUUAGUGCCUUUUAUUGAUCGAAGCGUGGACCACACGUUUUCCAGGAGAUCUUAUGCAAUCGGUCAUCCAGUGUUGUCGUCCUGGUUGACUGGUAUUCUUGCGAAAAAGUUCCAUCCGUGGGGUUGAACGUGUUAUAGCAUAAUUGUGGUCUUAUUAUCCUUUUUGCCUUGCCAGGGCUAAAAAAGACCGCCCAUUCUGUUAGCAGAAGCAAGCCGAAUUGCGUGACCGGUGUACCGUUAACCGCCAUAAAUGGCGUUGCCUCCCCAUCACCGCGUAGAGGUGGUACUUGAAGGGGAAAAAAUUAGUAGUAUACUCCUCAAAAAAUCUUUUUUUGAAUUUUUCGAACAGGAAAAAGCACAGAACAGUGUCUAGGCUACAGAUGGUCAAGUUCAUUUUUAUGCUCGGAAGUUGCGAAAUCUUCUAGAUCUUUCAGAAUUUCAUAAUUUAUGAGAAAGGCUGACUUCUUCUGACAUUAAAAAGUUCGAAAUGGUCCAAAACAGUGUCAAGGUUUCAGAAACUUGAUUUUGAUGCAUCAUAUGAGGAUUUGGCUUGAAGAUUUUAAGCUGGUGUCCCUAGGACGUAAUCUAGAAACUGAUAGGAUAUUCGGCAACAAGCGCGAUCCUCCAACACUUCAGGUCAUCAACUGCCCACCGCCAAGUGAGCAGCUUGCUGAAGACGUCUGGUCUUCACUUCGGAUGCCUUCUGGAAUCGGAUGCUCUACAUUGCUUGAUCCGAAAGAGGCAGCGUUGGCCGCGGCUAAGGUUUGAAGUUACAGCAGAAGACCUCUGUUUAGAGUUUUCGCCUUGUUCCAGGUUCUAGAACCAGAAAAGCUUAGGAUCGAGAACUUUCUUAAAAAAAAUUGGGAAUGAGAAAUAAUGCUUCAUGACAUUUUUUUCAAGCUUCUGAAGUUUUUUGAAAACGUCUGGAUGGUCAGGUAGAUCCAACAAAAUUAAUUGAAGUUCCGAAAAUUUUCUAAAAGCAAAAAGGACGGAUUUCUAGGCAUACAUCGCCCGGAUCCCACCCCAACGGGGGGUAGGACGCUAGGUAAAAAUUACUAAAACCUUAGGAGGGGGGAGGGGGUAUUAACACGCGAAUGGCUAGAAAGGCUCCUAAACUUCCAAUUAUAAUUCGAAUGAACUAUGGGACCUCGGAGCAAAAAUUUUAAGUUUUUUGGUUUCCUAUGGUAGUUCCAGAAGCCUUUAAUAAUACUGGGACCUUGGUAAAAAGAACCGGACGUGUCGUAGCAUUUCUAGUGACCACUUUAGUAGCGUCAGCACUCUUAAGUGAUCCCUAGAAUUGUUUAGAAAUGACGUCCGGUUUUUUUUUUCCGUUAUUGACAUGUGGUCCGAGUAUCAGGAAGUUCAGUAACUCGGAAAAGAGCUUGAUUUUCUUAAAAUGAAGAAGAAAAUCUUCAAGAAGAGGCUCUGAAUAAUACAAGGGCAUGCGUUGCGUCUCUCCUCCAAAUGACGUCAUUUAUUCCAGAUUCUCGCCACCCAUGAUCACAUGGUUUUCGGUCGUGUCCUCACCACCCAACUUCAACACUACAUGACAAUUUAUGUCUGUUUGAAAUGAUCAUUUUUCAGAAAAAUUAUCAUUUUCAGACCGCCGACCACACCUUGAACAAGGCCCACUAA